AUCUCAAGUUUCAACUCAACCGGUUCAACUUCAAAACCCAAAACACCAAUCAUGAAGUGCAUCGCAGCUGUAGUCAUGGUGGCCCUUGCCGUCGCUGCCGAAGCUUCCUACGUCCCGUACGCUCAUCAGGGAUACGCCGUCGCUCCAGUGGUGACCUACGCCGCCCAUCACGGCGGACCAACCGUUGUCCAGUCUAAUGACCCUCACAGCUGGGCCUACGCCUCUGCUGUCCACCACGCUCACCCGAUUGCCCCAAUUGUCUCGGCCUAUAACCAUUACGAUGGCCACAACUACGCUGGACAUCACAUCCCGGCGGCCGUGACCUACGAUGCUGGCCACUACUACGAUAACCACCAUCAUGGACACGCUGCUGCCGUGAUCGCUGCCCCAGUUCAGCACUCGGCCACGUACGUCGCCGCCAACAGUGGAGCUGUCCACAAGGCCCCACUCGCCGGACAUGCCGUCAACCAGAAGUCCCUGAAUCUGGCUCCGGCUCCAGGAACCCUGUAAGUUCCAGACUCUGUGAUACCUCCCUGUAUAUAUGUGCGUAAUAAAUGAUUUCUUAAGCAAA